AUGCUUAAAUUAUCUCAUUUUCUUAUUUGUUAUCUUAUUUUUUUAUUAUUUGGUGCUUUAAUAUUCUAUGAAUUGAAUGUUGUUGAAGAGAAAAAACGGCAUAUAUAUGUUAAUAAUCAAAUUAAACAAUUUAUAAAUCGAAAUAAUAAAUGUUUGAAAGAACAUGAUUUAUAUUUUUAUGUUGAUUAUUUUUUGGAUAAAUCUCAUACUGGUUUAUGGUAUUCAUCUUCAUCAAAAGCAAAUAUAACUAAAUGGACAUUUGGACAAGGCCUAUUCUUUGUUACAUCUCUAAUAACAACUGUUGGUUAUGGUGCGCCAAAUUUAAUAACAUCCUAUGGAAAAAUUCUUUGUAUUAUCUAUACAGGAAUAGGUUUAAUUUUGGCAUCGUUAUUUCAACAAAUAUUACAUCAUCAAUUAAUACCAAUUUUUUAUCGAAUUAUUUUUCAACUUGCAAUGAAUCGGUAUAUUAUUUAUUAUUUCACAAGAUAUCGUAGUUUUUUUGUUUCAUUUCUAUUGGUUACAUUUUUAAUAACACUCUUUUUUAUUAUAAUUCCAACAUUAUUUAUACAUAACAUGUAUGUUCCAAAAUGGUCUCUUAUUGAAUUAACUUAUUUUGCUGUUACUACAAAUUAUCUUAUUGGUUUUGGUGAUCUUAUGCCUUGUAGUGAUUUAUAUGGACAAAGUCGAUCGACAUGUGCAAUAAUACUGACAAUUUAUGUGAUCAUUCAAGUACUUGCAGCUAGUAUUCUUAGUCAUAUGUGGUUUAUAUUACCCGGAAAAAGUCAGCAAUUUUUACGUCAACAACGACACCAUUCCGAUCCUAACAUUAAUAUGAUUGAUAAUAAAAAUUUUUCUAUAGAUAUAAACGAUAAAUUAUUAGAAAAUGUUUUUACAUAG